ACAAACCCAAUUCAUUCCUACAAAGGCAGAGAGCGACUCAUUCCUUUCUUUGUUUUAGUUCCACCAUGAUGCAUUCCAUCCUGUUGCUUGGACUUCUGAUAGUAACAUACUUUAGUGGUUCUCAAGCUGAAAAUGCCUUCUUAGAAUACUGGGAAGAGCAUAUUGGUCUUUCAUCCCCUCCACAUUGGUUAGCUGAAAAGGCUUCUUCAUUAAGCUCCCAUCAAGAAGCGGUGUUUAAGAAACUUUUGGAGAAAAAUGAAUUGACAUCCCACCUGCGUUCGUUCUGUAAGCAAGCUAAUGUAUCUUGUUCUACAAAUGCAUUGGUGAAGAAGACAAUGGACAACACAACCUUACCACCAAUAGCCCAAUGGAAUGAAGCCAAACUAACGUAUGAUUUUCCUAAUGAAAAACCCUUGGUGAUAGCCAGCCAAGGAGGAUUGCCAUAUUUCCGAGAGUCAAUGGUGAAAGACGGAAAUUUCAUGGCCAUCCCUGAUCUAAGGGAUCCAAUGUCAUAUAAAUCGUUCUUGCCACGAUCUUUGGCAACAAAAAUUCCAUUUUCCAUUGCCCAUUUCAAGGAAUUGAAGAAGCUUUUUGGCGUGGAAGAUGAAUCAAACAUGGCUGAAUAUAUUCAAGACACCCUCAAGAUAUGUGAGAAGAGUCCCAUUCGAGGUGAGAAAAGAACAUGUGCAACUUCCGCGGAGGAUCUUAUUGAUUUUGUCGUCGAGGAAUUAGGACACUAUGUAUAUGUAUGGAGUACUGAAAGCAUUGAAGGAUCUUAUGAGAAUGUCACAAUUGGAGCUGCGAAACUCAUAUAUGGAAAUCUUUUUGAAUCACCAGCCUUAUGUCAUAGCCAGCCAUUCAUAUUUCAAGUCUAUUAUUGCCAUGUUUUACAGAAAGUAAAAGUUUAUGCAGUUGAUAUACAUGCUAAGAAGAAAGUGAAUCAUGCGAUCAUGGCAUGCCAUUAUGAUACAUCAACUUGGAAUCCAAAUCAUCUUGCUUUUAAGUUGCUAGGUUUUGGCCCGGGUCAAAUUGAAGUCUGUCAUUGGAUAAAUGAGAAUGGAAUAGUCUGGACAAAGACUCUAGGCUGAGAAACAAUUGAAGUUUGAUCAUCUUCUAGUUUUCUUGUUAAUGUUACUAUAUAUAUUACUGCUUAUGCUAUUUGAAGGAUAAAUAAUGACUUAUUUUGGCCUGCUUA